AUGAAAGAGAAUGUCGGGGAGAUACAACAAGUGCCUGAAGACGGUUGCUACAUCCGUGGUCUCUAUCUGGAAGGCGCGCGCUGGGAUCCGCUGGAAAUGAUUCUUGCAGAGUCCCGACCGAAGGAGUUAUAUACAGUCAUGUCUGUCAUUUGGCUCAUUCCGCGGCAGAAUCGACAAAAGAAGGAAUCUGGCGUCUAUGACUGUCCUGUCUAUAAAACCAUCACCAGAUCAGGCACCCUUUCGACAACCGGCAUGUCCACAAACUUCGUCUUUACAGUGGAGCUGCCGACAACGGAGGAACAGAAGCACUGGAUCAAACGUGGCGUGGCCCUCCUCUGUGCUCUGAACUACUGA